AUGAUGAUGCUGCACUCAUCAUCCAAUAAAUUUCUGUUGACGCUAUCUUUCUUAUCAGCCCAAUUAGUAGCUAUCGUAUCAGGCCCACAAUAUAUAUACCCUACGUUUGGUGGAGCGCUAAAUGAUCGCUUCCAAUGGACGCCGUUAGAGUGCAGUUUUGUCAGUACAGCAUGCUUUAUAGGCGUAUCAUUUUCAGGGCCUCUCAGUUCUUGGAUGAUUGCGAAAUCAGGAAUACCAUGGACACUGCGUAUUUCUGCUCUUCUAGCUUUUUCCGGUCUGUCCUUCGUGGCAGAGACUUACGUUGGUAGGCUUCCUGGUUAUGCGUCUCUUUGUACGGUUUAUUUGAUAGUUACUGGCUUUGCAGGUGCAGCUGCUUAUUUAUGUGCUCUUGACUCACAGUCAUAUAACUUUCAACAAAAUCGAGGGUUGAGUAUGGGUUUAACAACUGCUGCUGUUGGUAUUUCUGGCAUUGUAUUUUCCAAGAUAAAUGAUAACUUCUUUUCCACAACAGCAAAGAACAGCAGCGACGUUCUGGAUGACAGUUUGUACAAUGAUAGUGUUUAUCAUUACCUUUAUUUUAUUGCCUGUACAAUGUGUCUGUGUAAAUUUCUUGGAUCUUUUUUUCUGGGACCCAUCCAUUCACUUAAUGACAACGAUAAGUACAUCUAUCAGGCCUUGCAAAGCGAUGAAUCGACACUGGAAUUUGAAGCAAACUCUUCGCGGAUUAAAAAUAGUGGCAACUGCAGUGAAAAUGAUUUAUCAUUGAUGCUUUUAAAGAAUACAACGCAAGAGAAUGAUGGCGAUCAACUAUCGACAGUACAUAUAGCCUCUGAUUGUGAGUCACAAUUAUGCAUUCAGAAAGACAAUGAAAGUGUUGCAACAACUGCAGCAUUCUUUAAGCAUUCUUUCGGCUUCAGUCUGUUUUGUACCUUAUUUACUGUUCUGGGACUAGGCUAUAUCUAUCUUGCGAAUAUUGGCAAGAUCAUUUAUAGCAGCAUCAGUCUUAAUGGUUCAACACAAGAGCUACAGCAGCAUUUAAUAAAUUUGCAUGUUGCACUUUUCAGUUUGGGCAAUUGCGGUUCACGAGCCAUUUUUGGUGCAGUGAGCGAUCUUAUGACACAGAAAGUAAGGCUUCAUCGAUUAUGGAUUUUCGUCGUAGCAACCGUGCUUAUGUUGACGACCGCGACGUUUCUGAUUUCGUACGAAACUAUUUCCGCCAGCACAUUGAAGCUUUGUACCUUGUCAAUGGCCUCUGCUUAUGGUAUUGUGUUUGGAGUUGCACCAGCAGCCACGACGGAGUUUGGGGGGACGAAGGCCUUUGUGAAAAAUUGGGGAUAUUUGCUGUUCGCACCAGCUUUUGGCAGCCAAAUAUUUAAUAUUUUGUUCGGAUACAGCUAUGAUGAUAAGUCCAAAGCGCAAAAGAGCGAAAAUAAUAUGUGCUAUGGAACAAGUUGUUUCAAAGCUACUUUUCAAAUUUGCAUUGUCUGCGGGCUAUUAGCACUUGUAAUUUUGCUAAUGGCUAUUCGUAAGGCUCGUUCUUACAACAGCAAAAGAGCUUUUGCUUAA